GACGGAGAAGAUGGCGGCCGCUUCCACGUCGAGCAGCAGUGGCGGCCGGAGCAGCUGCAGUUCAAGUCUGUCCAUGGAGUUCCUGGAGGGCCUGACUGAGGUUGCCGAGUUACAGGAGGCUUACAGCAAACUGUGCAGCGAGGAGCAAGAGGUUGAAGCAGAGCUUGAGGCUCUCAUUGGACAGCAGAGCAGCCUGGACAGUAAGAUGGUGGCUCUGCACCGUAUGGGUCCAAACUUGCAGUUGAUCGAAGGAGAUGCCAAGCAGCUUGCAGGGAUGAUCACUUUUACAUGCAAUCUGGCUGAAAAUGUCAGCAGCAAAGUUCGGCAGCUUGAUUUGGCCAAGAAUCGGAUUUACCAGGCCAUUCAGCGAGCUGAUGACAUUUUGGAUCUGAAAUUCUGCACUGAUGGUGUACAAACAGCUCUGCGCAAUGAGGACUAUGAGCAGGCAGCAGCACACAUCCAUCGAUACCUGUCACUCGACAAAUCUGUAAUUGAACUGAGUAGACAGGGCAAGGAAGCCAAUAUCAUCGAUGCAAACCUAAACCUUUUGCAAGAGGCAGAGCAGCGGUUAAGAGUGAUUGUAGCUGAAAAGUUUGAUGUAGCGAUCAAAGAAGGUGACCUACCACAAGUAGAGCGUUUUUUCAAGAUCUUUCCACUGCUGGGAUUACAUGAGGAAGGACUGAGCAAGUUCUCUGAGUACCUGUGUAAACAGAUUGCAGACAAGGCUAAGGAAAACUUGCAGCUGGCACUGAGCACAGAGAUGAGUGAUCGUCGAGCAGCUGUUACUUUUGCUGAUACCCUCACACUGCUAUUUGAAGGGAUUGCUCGAAUUGUGGAGACCCACCAGCCCAUUGUCGAAACAUACUAUGGACCUGGGCGAUUGUACACACUUAUUAAGUACCUACAGGUGGAGUGUGAUCAACAGGUUGAAAAGGUGGUGGAUAAGUUCAUUCAGCAGAGGGAUUAUCACAGAAAGUUCCAGCGUGUACAGAACAGUAUGAUGAGGAACUUGACAGUGGAAAAGAUAGAGCCCAGAGAAUUAGACACCAUUUUAGCAGAGGUUACAUUGAUGAAUGCUCGUGCAGAACUGUACUUGCGCUUCAUAAAGAGAAGAAUCACUGCUGAUUUUGAGGUUUACGAUGCAGUAGCCUCAGAAGAAGUGAAACAAGAGCAUCAGAAGGCACUGGAUAAACUGUGUAACCUAUGCUUGCUGAGCCGGAAUAUGCAGGAGCUUAUUGGAUACUACAUCACAAUGGAAGAAUACUUCAUGAGAGAAAUGGUCAACAAGGCUGUGGCGAUGGAUGUCUAUGAGAAGGGCCAGCUGACAUCCAGCAUGGUGGACGAUGUGUUUUUCAUUGUGAAGAAGAGCAUCGGUCGUGCUCUGGCAAGCUCAAACAUCGACUGCCUGUGUGCCAUGAUCAACCAUUCCACCACUGUACUGGAGUCAGAUUUCAGGGAGGUGCUUUACAAUAAGCUCCGGAUGGGGUUUCCUGCCACGACCUUUCAAGACAUACAGCGUGGUGUAACCAGUGCUGUGAAUAUCAUGCAUUCCAGCCUGCAGCAGGGCAAAUUUGACACCAAGGGCAUUGAAAGCACCGAUGAAGCCAAACAAUCUUUUCUGGUGACUCUGAAUAAUGUAGAGAUGUGCAGUGAAUAUCUUCUGACCUUGAAAAAGAACCUGGAGAGUGACUGUACAAAGCUGUUCAACCAAGGUCUGGGAGCGGAGCAAGCACAAGCAAAGAUUGACAGCUGCCUAUCAGAUUUGGCUGCAGUAUCCAACAAAUUCAAGGACUUACUGCAGGAAGGUUUAGCAGAACUCAACAGUACAGCUAUCAAACCACAGAUUAAGCCUUGGAUAACCGGGUUCCUCUCCAUCUCUCACAAUAUUGAGGAGGAGGAAUUUAAUGAUUAUGAAGCCAAUGAUCCCUGGGUUCAACAAUUUAUUCUCAACCUGGAGCAACUGAUGACAGAGUUCAAGACUGGAUUGUCCCCGGUCAUCUAUGAUAAUCUCACUGGUCUGAUGACGAGCCUGAUUGCGAUUGAGCUGGAGAAGGUGGUCCUGAAGUCAACAUUUAGCCGGCUUGGUGGGUUGCAGUUUGACAAGGAGCUCCGAUCACUUAUCGCGUACCUGACAUCAGUGAUCACGUGGACCAUUCGUGAUAAGUUCGCUCGCCUCUCUCAGAUGGCAACUAUACUGAAUCUAGAAAGGGUCACUGAGAUUUUGGAUUAUUGGGGACAGAACUCUGGUCCAUUGACCUGGCGUCUUACACCCGCUGAGGUGCGUCAGGUGCUUGCACUGCGGAAUGACUUUCGUAGUGAGGACAUCAAGAGGCUUCGCUUAUAGCAGUUGUGCUUGGUCAAUCUUCAGAGGAUCAAUUAUUAUGAUUCCUCUUGGACAGCAAGAUUUUGCAUAUUCAGACAGUGGGGCUUUGUCCAGCAUUUAAAAAGUCUCAUUGACUGGAUGUGGUGUGCACCAGGAAUGACUUGCAUACGUUUUUGUUUUCCAAAGGGAUUUUUGUGCAUUAAUUGACAGACUAUCUGAGUACAUCUGAGUGUUGGGGAGAGGUUCAGAACCAUUCACAUACUGGAAUAAAGGGUAAAACUUCAUUACCUUUGGACUGUGCUGUCAUGUUGCAGGGAGAUAGAUUGUUUUCAGGAUGUGAUUUGCCAGACUUUUCAAGUGUAAUCUAUUUACUCUGUCCACUGAGGUAACGACAGAAUAGGGACAUUGCCCAAUUUCACCCCUGAUGUGCGGUGAGAUGGUCUGAUCUUGGUUGGCUAGACUGGCAGGGGUACUCUCACCCUGAGAGGUGAAGCAGUGGCCAAUAUCUGAUUCCUGGAUUUGGUUCUGCGAAUAAUUUUAAUAAGUAUGAAAAGGGGUACAUCACCCGAAGCCUGGAUUGGACGUGGCUACGGUAAUCCCAGUGUUUAAAUAGCCAGCUAAAUAUAUAGCUAACACACCAGGGGAAUACUGAAAGAAUGUGUUGAGUGAGAUAUUAAUUCAAGACACUGUGGCUGUUUGGUUGGACAUAUAAAUCCUAUAGUACUAUUUUCCAGACCUUGAAGGUCAUUUCUAGUAUCCUAUUCAAAGUUUCAGUAAUCAGUGCUGUGGGAGCGUGGAGUGGAGUAUUUGAGGUAUGGAAUUAAUUCAUUUUAUGAAUAACUGAGGCAUGGAACUAGCAGGAAGACCUCCCUAGUACAUGCUGCAAAGUGAAUUGUUUGUUGGGCAAGGGGUUUUAAAUUUUCACUUUUUCCUACAUUUUCACAGCAGAGAAUUGAAUGGGUAUUUAUAAUUUGUGUUGAAGUUGCCUAAAUUAGUUCACCUUUGAGCCACAAAGAAUGACUUGGAUUUCUAUGGUGGAUUUUGUAUUCUCCAGCUGUCCUGCAUGCUUUCUAGGCAGUAAAAUAGUUUUGAAUUGCAUUCUCUGGUACAAUGUGGUAAACAAGGUGUCAACUGACACAGUAAAACAGACAACAAAGAAAUAAAUUGCCAGACCAUCUCUUUU